AUGGCUGUAGAGCCGUCCUCGCCCGUCCUCACCUCCAUCCUCCUCGGCCUGGCCGUACACCAGGUCUUCCGCAAUUUUGAGACAUACAGCAUCUCGACACACGCUGCGCUCCUCACCCUCCCUCCGCUCGUGACCGCCAUCUUCAGCGCACCCCCAGGCCCUCCGUUUGAGCAUGCGCUCAAGGUCUCGUUCGUCGUCUACCUCGCCACCCUCGUGCUCGCCAUCCUCGUCUACCGCGUCUCGCCUCUCCACCCGCUCGCACGCUACCCCGGUCCACUCGGAUGCAAGCUUACCAAGUUCUGGAUGGGCGUGAUUUCGACGAGGGGUUACCAGCACAUGUACAUCAAGUCCCUCCAUGACCAGUACGGCAGCGUGGUCAGAAUCGGGCCGAAUGAGCUCUCCAUCCUCGACGCAUCUGUGGUGAGCAAGCUCUACGGCAACUCUGGCGUCCCCAAAGGCCCUCACUAUAUCGGCCGUGUGCUCAGCGACACCAACUUGCCUAUGGUUGGUCUCAUGGACACAGAUGCGCACCUCCGCCGCCGCCGCAACUGGACGCGCGGCAUGGGGCCGAUCGCGAUUAAGGGCUAUGAAGAACUCAUCUCCAAGCGCGUGAACCAGCUUCUCAGCCGGUUGGAGGACCAGAAGGGCCAGGCGGUGAUCAUGGGGCAUUGGUUCAACUUCUUCUCAUAUGACUUCAUGUGCGAGAUGGCAUUUGGAGGUGGUUCGGAGCUGCUCACCGCCGGCAAGGAUGAGAAGAAGACCUGGAAGGUGCUCGAUGAUGCCAUGGCCAUCGCAACGUUCUUCGGGCAUGCUCCUUGGCUCGCCAUCUACGUCGCCAAGAUCCCAGGCGCCACCGGUAAUUUCAAGAUUUUCCUCGACUACUGCAUUAGCUUCACCAUGACGCGCCUGAAGCGUGGCUCUGAGCACAAGGAUCUAUUCCACUAUCUUAAUAACGAGGACCUCCCGGACAAGCCCUCUCCGCCUGUCCAGCAGCUCGUCGAUGAUGGCGUGCUCGCCAUUGUCGCCGGCGCUGACACCACCGCGAGCGCGCUGACUAUGUUCGUCUUCUGCCUCCUCGAGCACCCCGAAGUGUACGAGAAGCUUCAGCGAGAGAUCGACAAGCACUAUCCGGCUGGUGAGGACGCGACGGACGUCAAGAAUCACCGCGAGUUGUUGUAUUUGACGGCGUGCAUUAACGAGACCCUUCGCGUCUUCCCAUCCGUCCCUGGAGGCAGCCAGCGCCAAGUCCCCAUCGAUGGCCCCGGUGUUGUCGCCGGAGACCUUGUGCUCCCACCCGGCACUAUGUUCUGGUGUCACAUCUACUCGCACCACAUGAGCCCGGCGAACUUCGCGCCGCACACGACCGACUUCUGGCGCGAGCGCUGGCUGCUCGCGUCGGGCGAGCUCGCCGAGGCGCGCGGCGUGCGCAACGCAGACCUCGUGCACAACGAGAGCGGCUUCCUGCCGUUCAGCGCGGGCCCAAUGAACUGCGUCGGCAAGGCGCUCGCGAUGCAGGAGAUGCGCACCGUCGUCGUCGCGCUUUUGCAGCGGUUCGUGCUCAAGAAGGGUGCCAGCUGGGAUGCGGUGCGUGUGAGGAGGGACUACAAGGACUACUUCACCGCGCCGCGGCCGGAGUUCCCGGUAGAAGUGCAUGCGCGGAAGCAAUGA